ACUGGUCUGUGGAUCUUCCCCCAUACCGGUGGGUGUGUGCGCUGGAUUGGUUGGUUCGCGCGACGGCGAGGCGGGUCGAGUUGUUGGGCUGUGUGCCAGCCAUGUGGUUGCUUAGCUGGCUACUGGAAUCGGGUUGAAGCUUCGAAAUUGAUUUCUUGUUUUUUUUUUUUUGGGUUCCCCUUGCAACGCGGUUUCGGGUGGCUGUUGUUUGUUUGGUUGUUGAGAGGGAUCUCCCGCGGUAGAAAAAAAUGUGGUGGGCUGUUCUUCUCGUUGUAUACUGGAAGUCCACUCUUGUCCAAGAAAUUACUUCCAUGGUUGAAAUUUGGGGAUCCUGAUCAGAAUUUUUCUUUCCUGAAGCUUUUCUUUUAUUGAUUUAGUUUGUGUGAGCAACACAGACACGGGUGAAUUGUCAGAGAAUCCAAGUUGACUCCGGAGAAAAGGUUAAUUUCUUUGGACUAGGUAGAUUUGGUCACGGCAGAAACUGACGACCAUGAGAGCGAAGUUCGAUUGAGUCAGCCAGGCCAGUAGAUUUAGUCAAAGAUGCUUCCUGAUUCUUCCUAUUGCCACUGGUGGAUUGAUUGAUUCUCUUUGCUUGGUGGAGAAAAAGGUUGCAAUCAUUGACGGCCAAGCAUAUUUUACCUUGGGACUUGGGGUCUAUGUUGAUGCAAAAAAGUUUGCUUGCAUAAGUAGUCCAAUCGAGUCAAGGGUGUUUGUUUGUGCUUUUUAGUUGCAACUUGCAAGGGAGGCUCAACUAAUAAAAAACGAAAACGUUUGUCUGUCACUUGUGUUUUACAUCUGGUGGCUUUUAUUAGAAACAAGGAUAUGGAGGGUUUUCUUACUUAGUGGAGCCUCUUUGGUGGAUAGGCAUGGUUUCUAUGAUUGUAGGUGAAAUUGCUAAUUUUGCUGCUUAUGCAUUCGCUCCAGCUAUUCUUGUCACUCCUCUUGGUGCACUAAGUAUAAUCAUAAGCGCUGCACUCGCACAUGCCAUUCUACAGGAGAAACUGCACACAUUUGGUAUACUCGGUUGUGUUCUCUGUGUUGUCGGAUCCAUCACAAUUGUGCUCCAUGCUCCACAAGAGCGUGACAUUGAUUCUGUAAAGGAAGUUUGGGAUCUUGCCACUGAACCAGCUUUCCUUUGCUAUGCGGCUAUAGUAGUUGCGUCAGCCUUAGUGCUUAUAUAUUUUGUUGUCCCUCAUCAUGGACAAACAAACAUAAUGGUGUACAUUGGAGUUUGUUCUCUUCUAGGAUCACUUACGGUUAUGAGUGUAAGAGCUCUUGGAAUUGCCUUGAAGCUAACAUUCUCAGGAACAAAUCAAUUAUUCUAUCCUCAGACUUGGGCCUUUGCAGUAAUUGUAGCUACCUGUGUGAGCACCCAAAUUAACUAUCUGAAUAAGGCACUGGAUACAUUUAAUACAGCAGUAGUCUCACCAAUAUAUUACGUGAUGUUUACAUCACUAACAAUUAUAGCUAGUGUGAUAAUGUUCAAGGAUUGGGACCAUCAAAAUCCAACACAAAUUGUUACAGAGAUGUGUGGCUUCAUGACUAUCCUAUCUGGGACGUUUCUUCUUCACAAGACAAAAGAUAUGACUGAGAGUCCUGGACAAUGUUUGUCCACACGGCGGUCAAAGCAUGCUAGUCAGAAUGCGUUUGCAAUUGAAGUCGUGCCACUAAAAUGUCAAGAUUCUAUAGAUGAUGAGACCUUGACUUUGUCACUUCCCCAGGUUGAAAAUGGUUACCUAAAGGAAGAGCAUCUUCUUAGAUACAAGGACUCGAGUAUUGUCUGAUAGAUAAUUCUCCGCCAACAUUUGGCAGGAAGCUCUUGGGGACCAUUUUGCUCUCAGACAUGAUUGAUUGAUGUAGAACUGGAGUUCACAGUUUUACAUCAACCUGGCCUGGGAUAGAUUGAUAUUGCAGAUUAUAAGUUGUCAACUGUGGUUUGCCUGUAUCUAGGUGAUGAUUUUGACAAAGAAGCAAACCAUAAGGAUGCCACAUUCAGGCCAAUUAAGUGCUAGUCAUCCAAGAAUACUGGUUCUGGAAAAGGAAAAGCGUUCGAAGUGUACUUAGUAGAUGGUGGUGUUGCCAACUAUACUACCCCCCCCCCUUCAUUUGAGGACGUCAUGUGGUAGCUGCAAUGCAAUCUUAUCUGGUUUCUAUCAGGACGACGCCAAAUAGAAAAUCAGUCUUCAUUUUUACCUGUAAUUACCUCAAAUUGCUGCCCAGGUGUCAUUGUGUAUAUUUGGUCUGUGUAAGUACUUAAGGGACCCUUUCAUAUAAACUGUUAAUCAUUCUAAUUCAUGUCUGACAUUGACUGUUUUUAA